AUGUCACACAAGGAGCCAAAGAAAGAAAAAUUUAUCGAAACUGAUGGGAGUGGAAACGAAUCUAAUGUGACCGAAACUGGAGAUGAGUUCCUCAAGAAAAUGAAGAAAGCUCUAGAGGAAACAAGAAAAGAUUCAGACAGUGUGUUUCCUGCAACCACGGAAUCCAGAAGGUACGUAUUUGUCUACUUAGUCUCAAUUUUUGAAAAUGUUUCCAGAUUUGUUUUGUUUUCUCCAUCAAAUGAAAAGAAGCUAUUAAUUGACCAAGAAACUUUUAAUAGUCAAAUGAAGAAGUUGUCGUUUUUAGUGAAGAAAAGCUCGAUUGAUUAUUCGUGCAACAAUGGGUCUAAACAAUGUUCUUCAGCUUCACCGCCUGGAUUCUUUUCUUACCCAUCUUCGGAUGAAUCUUCCGGUGAAGAAAAUGAAUCUUACACCGAAGAUAGCGAAUCCGAAACUGAAAGUGCUCGAAUUGCCCCGAUCUAUCCGGCGCCAGACCGUCCCCCAGGAAUUCUCACCACUGCUUUCCAAUCAGAAGAAAGUAAUGCGCCAUCUUCUUCAUCGCCGGAAGAUAAUUCCGUACGUCGUCAACAAUCGUCCAGCCCAAGAAACGUCGUCAUCCCGCCUUUGCUUGUCAGUGAGACACCAAACAAUCUCCAUAGAAGAAACAACGUUUCACAGUUUCCACCACCAGCGAAUGAUCGACUCUCCCAAUUUCAACUUUCGACUGACAGUUCGCCUCCAUCGUAUUCGGGUCCGGUAGAAGUCCCGCCACUGGACACGAUCAAAUCUAGACUCGAAAGUCAUUUACUGAUGCUGUACUAUUCGAAGAGAAGCAACCAGCCAGGCAGCGAAGGUAGAUUUCUGUACCCAACUUUCAUAACUCAAUCAGAAAUUUCAGGUUUUGAUCAGAUGCUAGAAGUAUAUAAGGAGAUCAUUCUAACAAUCCUCUACAUGGAAGAGGGAAUGACGCCGCAAGAAGAAGUGGACAAUUUAGAAAUCGCCAGAUUUUUUGUCUACGACCGUCUCGCUGAUUUGGAGGAUUCAGAAGAAGUGCUUACACUAGCCGUUUAUAAAGUUAUGAAUGAGUAUCUCAAAGAAAAGACAAGAACAGUAGCAUUCAAUAUGCUUGUUCUGGAGUUAAUCCACUUGGAGAAAAUCAUCAGACAGAAGAGUAAAGAUGAUUAUGCUGAAACCGAAAGAAAUCUCUUCUCCGAUAUUGUGUUGUGUUAG